GAACACUUCGUAAUUGGUUGUUGCUCUUGCUACGCCUUACGCUGUUUAAUGUUAGAGUAGCUCGCUCGUUAUGGACGUGAAAAUUGUGUAGUGUUUAUUUAUGUAUGAGAUCUUUAUAUUGAGUAAAGAUAUGAAACAUUCUGUGUAUCUUUAAUGACUCUAACAAUGAUAAUGUUAAUAAACUCAAUCAGUUCGUGAAUUAUACGCAGUAGUGAAGAAGUGCAACAGGCGAUUUAAAUUCCUUGUAAACAGAGGAGUACAUCGUGAAUACAAAAUGCCUACAGAUUCAGAAUGCGAUUAUGACUUAGUUUCUAAGGAGUGGCUUUUAGCGAAAUUACGCUCAGACGAAAGAGAUACUGUUCUAAUAGAUUGUCGAGGGUCAAAUGAGUACUCAGCAUCUCAUAUACGUUCUGCAGUGAAUUUCUCCAUUCCCAGUAUAAUGUUGAGGAGAUUAGCUGCAGGCAAAAUUGAAUUGGUAUCGACUGUUCAGUGUAAGGAACUCAAAGCACGAAUCACACACUGCUGUACGCGGGGUACAUUCGUGCUAUACGGCGAUGGUGCUCCGCGGGAUCCCGACUCAGUUCAUGGUAUUCUGCUGAAGCGUCUUAAGCAAGAUGGCGUGCAGGUCGUCUGCCUGGAAGGAGACUUCGCGGAGUUCCGUCGCGCCUAUCCCGAGUGGUGCAACGAGGCCAACGCGCAGCACGUGCCACAUCUGCCGCUCAUGGGAUUACGUUCGCUCCGCAUAUCGGGUUCGGGCUGCGACGACGCGUUGUCGUCGGGCUCGUCGUCGGAGUGCGAGGACGCACACACACAUGUGCACCAAGACUUCCCUAUCGAGAUACUGCCCAAUCUCUAUCUCGGCAACUCCACCAACAGCGAGGACUGCGACGCUCUCGCCAGGCACAACAUUAAGUACGUGUUGAACGUGACGCCGGACCUGCCGAAUACGUUCGAGGCGGAGGGUUGCGGCAUCAACUACUUGAAGAUCCCCAUCGCUGACCACUGGAGUCAGAACCUCGCCGUGCAUUUCCCGCAAGCCAUACGAUUUAUAGAGGAGGCCAUGUCGGCGCGCUGCGGCGUGCUGGUGCACUGCGUGGCCGGCGUGUCGCGCUCCGUCACCGUCACGCUGGCCUACCUCAUGCAGCGCCACCGCCUGUGCCUUCGCGACGCCUUCGAGCUCGUGCGCAGCCGCAAGACCGACAUCGCGCCCAACUUCCACUUCAUGCGCCAGCUGCACUCCUUCGAGCGCGACCUCGGCCUGCACGAGCACAGCGCCAGCCUCGCCAAGGUGCUGGAGGCGCUGGGCGAGCGCGGGGCGCGCGGCGCGGGGCGCGCGGCGUGCGGCUGCGCGGCGCGCGCGUGCGCCCGCUGCGGCGCGUCGCCCGACUCCGGCAUCGAGUUCGACCGCUGGAGCGCCGCGCGCGACACGCCGCAAUGACGGUUCUUCUCGCGCCGAACCCCGCCGCU